CACUUGAACAGCUGUGAGCGAUCGACGUUGGUCGGGAACCAAACACACACACACACCGCAACAGAUACCCCAGCAGCAUACACACGCCAGCGUAUAUACAGAGAUAUAUGCAUAAUUACAUACACCGCAGUACAUGGGGGCUGCAUAAGAAACAAGUACAACAAAAUCACAAAUAUAUGUACUCGAAUGUACAACAAAAUAAAAACGUAAAAUCUUUUGCGUAGUUUAUUCGCUCGCGUCGUUCGUUUCGUUUCUUCACUUUACUCCAGUCGCAGUCGCAGUCCCAGUCCAUUUCAUUUCACUUCAAUCCAAUCCAAAACCAACUCGUAUCUCAUCGCUUCGUUUUUCGUUGCGCUGCGCUGCUUUGCGUUGCGCCGAGAGUUUCGUUGCUUCUUCAGUUCGGCUGAGUUUCAGUUCGAUUCGCUGCGAUGUUUAGUUUAGAUUGACCAGGACAAGAAGAAAUGCCCUGGUCUCGCGCGGCUCCGUGAAGAUACGCGAUACAAGAUACAAAAUACAAUUGGCAAUCGGCAAUCUGCAAUCUGCAAUCCAGACCCCUAGAACCCACUAACUAACUAGAUCAACUAGGAACGCAAGAGAUAGCCUGUGUGCAUAAAUCGGGUUGUGAAUUCGACUCAAUAACAGAUACCCAAAGCGAUCUUAUUGUCAAGUGAUAACAUUAGCAUUGCCAUUGGCCAGAGACAUUCGGAACCAGCUGGAUUUCAAACAUUAUCAAAAUAUUUGCUGUUUCAAAACCAACACGUAAAACAAGCAAACACAGCCAGAAGCGCGAGUGCAGCAGUAUUAGUGAUUAGUGACCACCACACGAGCAUAGAUACAUAGCCGCCACAUAAGUACACCGCACCUACGGAUAUCGUUACAUACGUGUGUAAACUCUCUGCACAUAACUGCGAGCCAAUCUAUUUAAUUCAGUUUCAGUGCAUUUAUAAAUUAAUAAAAUUUAACCAGUGCGAGUGUGAGCGUGAGCGACACGCACACCAGCAGCCGAGCUCAUUACACGGACGCAGCGAACGUGAGUCUUGGAAUAUUGCAAACACAAAACAAAAACCAAAAGCGAAAAAAAUAAAUAAAUAACGAGGAACCAGUUUCACCUUGAGGAGCAAUACCUAGUGCACACUCACACACGUGCAGCGCGACUGUGCAUCGGUGUGCGCCAAAUGAAACAGCCCGAUCUGACGGCGACUAUAGUGCAUGUCUAGUACAUAUGGUACAUGGCACAUAAACAUAUAUAAUUGGUGAUAAAGCCUGGAGAAACCGAACCCUCCGCCUUAUCGGUAACCCCACUGCCACUGCUCCCACGACUAUGUUCAAGCGGGGAUCGGAAUCGGAAGAACUGCCCUGGCACACAGACACCGAUAUCCAGAUCGAGGUUGAGAUGCAAAUGCAAACGCACUGAAAGAUGAUAGCUAAGCCCAACCAGGCCACCACCGAACCACCAACGCGUUUUUGCCCCGGAACAGUGCCAACGGUUCCUGCAACCACCCCAGCGAGUCCAGCAGCGAGUACCCAGCCAAGGAAUCCAGCCCCAAAGCCGGAGACACCCCGCACUCCGCCUGCGUCAACCCCCGAAACGCAGAACACACAAAGCCAGCCAGCUAUUACUCAUCCAGCGGCUGUGGCUUCGCCUUCCGCGCCUGUUGCUGCAGCUGCACCGAGAAACCCGAAGGCCCCGAAGCCCCACACCCUCAACUCCCACCUCGUAACCCCCACAGUCGCAGUCGCAGUCACACUCACACCCCGGCCCAAAGCCCAAUCCCCACACCAGCACCAACACCAAGCCAAUAUGGACAUGGACGGCGAAAGAUCUCCGAGCCACAGCGGCCAUGAAAUGACACUGAACAUGAACGGCAUCGAUUCCAAUUCCAGUCCGGUGUUCGGAUCUGCACGGGUUCCUGUCAACUCCAGCACCCCGUAUUCGGAUGCAACUCGAACCAAGAAACACUCACCCGGCCAUAUUAAGCGACCCAUGAACGCCUUCAUGGUGUGGAGCCAGAUGGAGCGGCGGAAGAUCUGCGAGCGGACGCCGGACCUGCACAACGCCGAGAUCUCCAAGGAGCUGGGCCGCCGGUGGCAGCUCCUCAGCAAGGACGACAAGCAGCCGUACAUCAUCGAGGCCGAGAAGCUGCGGAAGCUGCACAUGAUCGAGUAUCCCAACUACAAGUACAGGCCCCAGAAGAAGCAGACGCGCUCCCCGGGAUCGCUGAAGCAGAAUCAGGACGCAGACAGCUGCGAAGCUAAAAAUGACACGCCCAACAACACACUGUCCACUCUUGCAAUUAAUGGAACCACCACCACUGCCGGUCGGAAAAGCAAAAGAUCUACCUCUACAUGUCAAACAGGUUCCGUUUCGAAACGAUUAAGGACCGACUCGGGUGAUACCCCCAGGGCCAAGUACGAGGUCAAGGGGGAGUCUGCAGAGCAGCACGACACCGUGGAUAUUAUACUACCCUCAGCCGAUAAUCUAUUAAGCUACCAAUCAUCUGAAUAUUUACCUCUAAGCGCGCACAGCAAUGCUGAUUGCGACGAAAAGCUACACUCAGACCUGAGCUCGGGUCCGCUGGAGGCGCGGGAGAAUCUCUCGGACGUGGUCCACCGAUACCUCCCCCUGUUCUUCCCCAGCAACGAGGACUCGCAGCUGGAGGUCAACACCUCGUCGCAGAGCCAGCACAACCAGUCGGAUCCCACCGCAGGCUUGAUAGACAACAUCGAGAUCUCCGACAUCAGCCCCAUCGACGACCGAGAGGAGGUGAUGCAGUACCUGCAGUAUCCCUCGAGCGAUGGCCACACCCUCAAGGUGGAGUCCAGCCUGCUGGAUGGCGCCCUCGGCGAGCCCGUGUUCGACUCCGAGGACAACAUUGUGAACGAUGCCAACUUGCACUCGGCCAGCCAUCAAAUACCUCCAUAUGUGCCUGACAGCCACGACUGCUUUGCGGACGACUGUGGCGGGGACAACUCGUCGCACCAGGUGGAGUUCGAGGUGGUGCGUCCGCAGACGGUGACCAUGACCAUGACCUGCACGCUGCCCUACGGCGGACCGGAUGGUGGGCACACAUUCCAGAACGACGACUUCAACCCGAUCCCGUCGGCCGCCGAGGACAGCGACUGCAGCAUACUGACCACCUCCAACUCGCCGCAGAUCGGCUUCAACGCAAGCAGCUUCGUGGAGGCGGACGCCAUCGGGAGCACUUGUACAUACGCCCAACAAGACUACACCGGAAGUGUAAUUGAAACACACAAUGAUCUCAACUACGCCGCACAGGACAACAACGGAGCUCUGCUGGCCUACACAUUUGAGGACCUGCCUCCUCAGCCAACCGGUAGUCAUUUAGAAUUUAACACUAACAAGUACGAGUUUGCAAGUUAUUAUAAAAUGUGAGAGAUAUUUAAGUUUUGUGUAAUUUAUAACUAAUCUAAUUGUACGUUCAUAAUUUUACACCAAAUUAUAUAUAUAUAUAUGUAUACAGAUAAUACUAUAUAUUCCAUAAAUUCUAUAUAUACAAAACAAAAAAAAAACGAGAAUAAAAUGCUUUGCAUUGAAAACA